UCGUUGUCUUUAAAACGCGGUGAACGUGGCUAGCACAUAUGAUUUUUUCUUAAUAAUUAACGUGAUUUUUUAAAACUUACUCGGUUUCAAACGCUGCAAUUUUUAUAAACUAAUAUUAUACACGAAAUGUGACACGCAGCUUCUUAUCCAAGCUUAGUUUAGUCACGUUGCGUUUACCCAAUAUAUAAGAUAAUACUAUAGUUGUCUGUUUCACUCUAUCAGUAAAUUUGUAGAUCCGUUGGCCAUAAAUCCGCCACCGAACACAAAAAAAAAAAUUAAGUAAUAAAAGUAAAUAACAAAACGUUUAACAUUUAUAAAAAUUUCACUCGACAAUACAAUUAAUCGUUUUGCCGCUGACAGCUUUCUUCGCAGCAGCCUUUACCGUGUAAAGUACAGUAGACGACCGUUGUCCACAAUAAUAGUCGUGGCAAUACCAAACAGCUAUCGGCACGGAGCGCACGUGCACAACUCAAAAUAUUAAAUAAAAAAAUAAAAUAAAAAAUGAAAAGUUUAAUAGUACUAGGGUUGGCUGUUUGUGGAUUAGUUUCAGGCCAAGAAUUCAAAUGCCCGGACAAGAGCGGCUUCUACCCGGACCCGUAUCAAUGUGACCUUUAUUACAAAUGCAGCAGAGGAGAUGCAGAAGAGAAGCUGUGUCCUGAUGGUCUCGUGUUCUCAGAUGAAAACCCCAACAAAGAACACUGUGAUAUCCCUUCUAACGUCGACUGCGGCGACAGAAAGGAGCUACAAGAACCUAAACCAUCGAAGGGCUGCCCUCGUCAAAACGGAUACUUUAAACAUCCUGACCCACAGGCCUGCGAUAAAUUCCACUACUGCGCUGAUGGUAUUCCCAACGAGCUUCCGUGUCCUCCAGGACUGUACUUUGACGAAGAGACCUCCAACUGCGACUGGAAAGAAGUAGUCAACAGGCAAUGCGACCAAAUCACAAAAGAUGUUUUGGAUGAUGGUUUCACCUGUCCCGACGGCGAGGUCAUGGGCCCCAACGGCCGCUCCUUACCCCACCCCACUUUCCCCCACCCCGAAGACUGCCAGAAGUUCUAUAUCUGCCGUAACGGAGUCCAACCGCAAAAGGGAAGCUGUCCAUCCGGGAAGGUCUACAAUGAGGAUACGUUCAUGUGCGACGAUCCCGAAAAAGUUGUUGGAUGUGAAAACUACUACGACGGACAGCCACUUGACAAGAACAAGCUUCCCAAGAAGGCGUAAGGAGUUUAAAUAUAAGACUUUAGUAUUAUAUGACGUAUAAUAAAUUAUGGUAAUUUAA